AUGACUGGUUGUAAACUUCUUGCUAUUCCAAUGCCACAGAAUCUUAAACUGUUGCCAUACAUGGAAGGUAAAACCAAGAAGGAAGAUUUGUUAAAUGAACCAGAAAGAUAUAGAAGGUUAAUAGGUAAGCUUAUUUAUUUAACAAUGGCUCGCCCGGACAUUUCUUUCUCUGUAUAUCCUUUGAGCCAAUUCAUGCAGAGCCCAACCAGAUCGCAUAUGGCAGCAGCAAAGGGCAUUGUGAGAUAUCUCAAGGGAUCUGUUGGUUUGGGGAUAUUCCUUAGUUCUGAAGGAGAGCCAGAAUUCACAUGUUAUUGUGAUUCUGAUUGGGCAUCAUGUGGAAUUACUAGAAGAUCUGUCAUAGGAUACUUAUUGAAGUUUGGAGGCUCAUUGGUGAUGUGGAAAAUGAAAAAGUAG